AUGGCAAGGAAGCCAAACCUUCUCCUCUGCUUUGAUGCAUUCGGCACUUUGUUCCGCCCGAAGUACAGCGUGGCCCACCAGUACGGGGACGUAGCCAGGCAGUGCGGGCUCACCGGGUUCCGCGACGAAGAUUUACAGGCCAGCCUGAAGGCCGCCAUGAAGGCCGAGUCGAAGCAGAAUCCAAACUUUGGCAGGGCGACGGGGCUCGGUGCCACAAAGUGGUGGACAAACGUUAUCCACAACACGUUCAAGCCGCUCCUCUCUGGCACCUCCGAGACGAUCCCGGCAGACCUCGCGCCGAGAUUGCUGCACCGCUUUGCCACGGUCGAGGCCUACACGCUGGAGUCGCCGGAUCUGGUGUCCCAGCUGCGUUCGCUCAAGACCUCGGAAUCCUCGUCCUCGGCUGUAUGCGGCAAGGGGCCAGUGUUUGACCGGAUCAUCAUUGGCGUCGUCACGAACUCGGACGAUCGCGUGCCGGGGAUACUGUCGUCGGCAGGCUUCUCCGUCAGCCCGCUGCGCUUCGGCACGGAGCUCAGCGACCCCGCGGCACUGGCGGCGGUGGGCGAUGCGGGCCACGAUAUCGACUUCCACUGCAUGUCAUAUGAUGUCGGUGUCGAGAAGCCCGACCGCGCCAUAUUUGCGGCGGCAGAGUCAAUGCUGAAGCGCGUGCUUGCUGCGCGUGAGGCGAUGGGAGGCGAUGGUGCGCCUCAACUUCACGAGGGGCCGUGGGAGAAGAUCUACGUCGGGGAUGAGUAUGCGAAGGAUGUCGAGGGGUCACUAAAUGCAGGCUGGCGCCCGGUCCUGCUGGACCACGAGGGUCCCUCGAGCACGCCUGAUGGCCGUCGCAUUCUAAUGCUUGAGGAGGCUGGCCAUGACACCUUUUCUAUUGCAAGCUUGUUUGAAAAGGCGCCGGUAAUUGGCGUACGCAGCAUUCAAGAGCUGGUCAAAUGGCUUCGCAACGACGUCUGA